AUGAUCGAUGGUGGAGCUUGUUCAGCGUCCUGGCCGCCAGCUGCUGCAGGUGUGUCCUGCGGGUCGCAGGUGACUCUGUGCCCGCCUCCUGCUGCAGGGAUCCGGGAGGAGCAGGACCGGAUGGACGUGUCGGUGCUGAGGCAGCGGUACCGGAGCAGCAGGGAGGCGCAGCGGAGCCGCGCUCAGGUGCUGCUGCUCCGGACAGUGUCUGAAGACGCCGUCAGCGUCGUCGCCGUCGCUCAGGGUUUGACGUCGCCGUGGGAACCAAACAGCACCCCGGACCCCGACCCGACCUGCGACCCGACUUGCGACCCCUGGCGCGCCCACCUGGACCUGCACCGGCGCUGCUGCCCCGGAGGCCUGACCCGGCCGCCCUCUUCCGACAGCUGUUCAGAGUCCGGAGACAGAAAACUGUCGGCGGGUUCGGAUUCUCUCAGCAGCUCCAGAGACGAGAACCGCCUCCCCGCCGCUCCAGACGGGUCCAGAGACGAGCUGCGUCCGGACCGCCGUGACGGUGGCGGCGGCCUGCAGAGGGAGCUUCAGCCCCGCCAGCAGGAGGCCAGCGGCGGCGUCCUGCAGAGCAGCGGCUCCAGGAAGGUCCUGAGCAGGCAGCAGAGCGCCGGCUGCUACCCCUUCCCCAGCAGGAAGACCCCCAGGAUCUCUGAGGCCGCCCGCAGGCUCGGCAUGUACUCGUCCUUCUGACCAAGUCACACAACAAGCAGCUGCUGAUCAGAGUCUCAUCUGAAUAAGUCACCACGACAGAGUCAAGGCUACAAACGCUGCAAAUAAAACCUGUGAAGGUCACGAGUGAGUCAGUUC